ACGUUAUAAGAAGUAGUGAAUAGCGGUAUCCAAUAGCUUGAUAUCCACGGGUGGUUUGACAAUUUCGGACGUCCCAUCCCUCCCCGUGUUUUCGUCUUUGGAUUGAUCGAGCGACCGCCAACAGAGUAACUUUUGCAUCAUAUCCAUCACCACCACAGAAACCAAGUUUGGGCUACCUGUGUCACCACCAGCAAUAUAAAGCCAGGCUCCCAUGUGGCCGCCCGCAAUGUGUGCAAGUUCAUUCUACAGAUGUUUCUGGGCUACCAACAAUCAUACGCGCCGUAGGGCAGGAUGUAGUGUUCAUGUGGAACGUGACGAAUGACAUACAUUUCCCAUAUUUCGUAUUAUGGGGACUGCUAAACGCAGGACUCGACUUUCAAGCUAGGUUCAUUCAUAUAGGUUUUAUUGGAAAGCCGACAUUUUAUGACGACUUAAAUUCUCAUGCUUCCAGAUACAAAAGAAGAGUUGAUUUUGUUGGUGACCUGAGGGAUGGUCAUGCCUGGUUCAAACUGUCAAAUUUGACCCUCAAUGACACUGGUAGAUACGGUGCUAAGCUCGAGGUGGUGGAACUCCUCGAAAAGUUUUUAAAUAUGGUCACUGCUACAUAUUUAAUUGUGACAGUUCCACCAAUAUUUUCACCAUCUCUACAAAAGUACCACUACAUCCAAGAAGGAGCAAGCAUCAGUAUUCACUGUUCGGCAAUUGGUCCACCGACACCAAAUGUCACCUGGUUCCAUGUGGUUAACGAUACCAUGGUAGCGAAGAGUAGUGGUGUUGGAAGCGCCUUGCUAACAAUACCUGAGAUAAUAAGAGAUCACAGUGGGAUGUACGAGUGUCAGGCCAUUAAUAACCCAAACGAAAGGCCAUCCGCGACAAAAACCAACAUUGUUGUCAAGUGUGAGCAAAAAAAUUUAAAAUAUUUAGGAGUUCUUGGUGGUUGUGCCAAUCUGCGUGCUGGAAAUUGGUUGGGCUGGGUUGGGCUACGCAAGUUGAUUGAUUGGUUCUUUCCGUUAAUAGGUUGA